UGUAUGGUCCUCGAAUGUGUUCAAAUAUUUCACCAGUAUCAGCCUUUUCACAAUUUGCUUGUCUGUGUUUGCCCAACUUGCAUUAUUAAGUAAGUCAGUAGGUGGCGACAAGUGACUGUCUUUAUGAGUGAACAAUUUAACUUUAACUUAACAGAUUAGUGCCAAAAAAAAUGGAUUAGCAUUUAUAUAUACCAAUAAGUUAAUAUACACCAUAUAUGAAUAUACAAUAUAUAAUAUAUACUAAUAAGUAUAUAAGUUAGCAUGUAGCCAAGCCACAUAUGAUCCUCAGUUGUUUGCUGUCAUCUGGGCCAUAUACCUCAAAACAAAUGAUGAUCCAAAAGAAAAUUCCCUACAAACCCAUGGCGAAACAUAUAUGGUGAAAGUUUGGCCCACAUUUGCUCAGCCAUGCCAAAUCUACAGAUGUUUGCCCCAAAAUUUCUUGCCAUCUGGGUCUGAUUCGGCUAUAUCCCCCUCAGAUUUGAGAAACAUUGUCCGAGUGCUGAAACUCCUGUCAUUUCUUCUUUUCACCUGAUCAGUGUACAUAUAUAGAAAUUGAGCAGGUGUCUCAGACGAAUGCGGUGGUGCUGAGUCGCCCCGCCUGGCUGUGGGGGGCGGAGAUGGGGGCGAACCAGCAUCAGGUGUGCGUCGGGAAUGAGGCGGUCUGGGGGAAGGAGAGUGCGGAGGGGGAAGAGGCUCUUCUGGGCAUGGAUCUCGUCAGACUGGCGCUGGAGAGGGCCAACACUGCUGAGCGGGCUGUAGAUGUGAUCACAGAGCUGCUGGAAAAAUACGGCCAGGGCGGGAAUUGUAUGGAGGACGAGUGUGGAUUCACAUACCAUAACAGCUUCAUCAUAUCAGACCGCACUGAGGCCUGGGUGCUGGAGACUGCUGGGAAAUACUGGGCCGCAGAGAGAGUGGAGGCCGGCUAUCGGAACAUCUCCAAUCAGUACUCCAUUACUACUAAGAUUGAUCGGGAGCACCCGGAGUUGAGGACGUAUGCACAAAAGCAGAGCUGGUGGGACGGAAAGGCUCAGUUCAGCUUUGCCGAGGUGUACUCGUACUCAGCCACGGCCCGAAUCGAGGCCGCAGGGGGACGAUACUGUGAGGGACGCAAACUUCUACAGAAGAGCGAAGGCCACAUCACAGCAGAGACUAUGAUGGAUAUUUUGAGGAAUAAGGAAAGCGGGAUCAACAUGGAGGGAAUGUUCAUGACCACAGGAAGUAUGGUGUCAGUCGUCCCCAAAGACCCAGAUUUACCUGGUGUCCACUUCUUCACGGCCACUCCUGAUCCUGAACGGUCUGUCUUUAAGCCGUUUAUAUUUGUAUUAGACAUAAAGCAGCUGAAGCACACAUGUUCUCCAUGUUUUGGAGAAGAGGAUCCUGUGAAGAAGAAGCCCCGUUUCCAGAGCAAACCGAACCGCAAACACCCUCUGUUCCUGAAGCAUGAGGGGGUCGCCGCCAUCAUCGACAGCACCAUGGAGAGUGGACAGAAGAUUGAAGAGAAAAUGAGAGAUCUGGAGAAGAGGAAGUUGGCAGAGAUGGAGAAAUAUCUAACAGAGGGGAUUGAGGAUUCAACACUGCUGGUUCAUCUCUUUACAGACACUGUAACUGAGGAGAUGGAUAUUUACAGUAACCUCUGAGACUUAGUUUAGAAUUUAAUUAUUAUUAUUUUAAUAGGAUUAUUGGAUGUUUCUUCAACUAUAGGCACUUUUGGGACCUGUGGAACACACUUUUUACACUGUUAAUUUCACUAAGUAAUGUAUCUUGAUUUAAGAAUCUUUAGACCUUUGCACUGGAAAACAAGACAAGACUACUGAAAAAGAAAAGAGUGAUCAGUAAACGAUAAUUCUGUUUGGGAGCAGAACUAUUCAAACUUUUUUCUUUUUUUUCAUAAAAUGAAUUAAAGUUAUGGAGAUCUGUUGGAAAUUGUAUUUUCAAAAUUUGAAGUGUUGCUAAUACAACUUAUUGUGCUUCCUAGGCAUUUACAUUUAGAGAACAAUAUUGAUACAUUUUAUGUUCCCUUCAAUUUAUUUUCUUUAAUUGGUCUUAAAGGAGUAGUUCACUUUUGAAAA